UUUUUUUUUUUUCUCCGCCGUCCACUGAAAAGGUUCGCCACGUGCCAGAGUUUGGGGAGGUUGAGUCAGCUAUUCUUUUUCCAUUCAACUUUGCGCAAACGCACUGAGUAACUUAAGCUAUUUUCGCCCUUUGAAGGUCUUCCCCACUGGAGAAAGGCUAGCGUCCGAUGACCCUAGUCUUUCUUUCGUGUAUCACCUAACCUUCAUACUGAACAGGUAAUCAAGCGGAGGAAGGAGAGACUGGAAACAGCUCUUUUACGCCAUUGACGUUUUCGCGGAAAGACCCCGCAUCUUUCCUAUCAUCAUCACGCCUGAAACGAUACCCGCCUACAUUGGAACUCCACAAUAUACUUCGCAAGCUUUCAAGACGUCGCACCAUCACAGUUUGUUUGGUUUGCCACGAUGGAUGGCAUGGGGGAAGGUCCAGAUGGUAUGGGCUUCGAUAUGCCGAUGCUUAUGAACCAACAGCCCCAUCUUUUCGGCGGCUAUAACCACGACAGUUCGCGCGGUUCACCACUAAACAACGUUCUCUCGAAUCCUACCUAUAACGAGGAACCUGGAAUGGCGGGUGAAGACAACAAUGAUGCCAAGAGGAGAAGGAUUGCAAGGGCCUGCGACAUGUGCCGGAAGAAGAAAAUCAAAUGCGACGGCAAGAUGCCCAAAUGCUCCCACUGUAUAAACUAUAAGACGGAUUGUGUUUUCACUCAGGUGGAAAAGAAGCGAAAUCCUCCCAAAGGUGCCAAGUACAUCGAGGGUCUGGAGAAUCGGUUAGGAAGAAUGGAAUCGCUCUUACGUCUGUCGGGUCUCUUGUCGGAAGAUGAUGGGAAGACGGAUCUUGGGACUCUGGAGAAGCGUCUCGCCGACCGAUCUCUAGGCAACACUGGGCUGAACUCCUUAAAAAGCCCAACAAACAAAUUCAAUGGCUCAAGCGCAACGUCGCAAUCCCAGCACACUACUGCGUCUCGACAUUCGACGCCGCGGAUGGAUUCUCAGUCCAGUCCGCGCACAGCUGCCACCUCUCCCGAUUCACCGAAGGAAUCCGAGACAGAAGUCGAGGGAUUGUCAGACAUGAUGUGCUCUCUUGUGACGAAUAAUUGUGGAGAAACGCGGUACAUCGGAUCAUCUUCGGGAUUUUCCAUAUUCUCUCCCAAGGGAAUUCAAUGGGUUAAUGAAAAAACAGGCGAUACCUCUUUUCAGGACAUGAUCUCGUCAGCCUACGUGGAUGACAACAAGUGGAUGUACUGGAAACCAGAGAUUUUUAGCGACAUAUUUGCUCGUCGUGUAUUCAAACCCUUACCCCCGAAGGAGGAGGCGCUAUCACUGUUCCGAGAUUUUUUUGAGAAUUUCAACUGCAUGUUCCCGCUGUUUCACGAACCAACAUUCAUGCACUUGGUGGAGCGCCAAUAUUCUCGGGAUCCAUAUGAAGGCUCUGGCUGGUGGGCUAGUAUCAAUGUUGUCCUCGCCAUCGCGCACAGAUUACGAGUCAUGAGUAAUUUAGUGCCCCAAGAAGAGGAUAAGAAAGCUUGGCUCUAUUUGAAAAAUGCCAUGGGGGUCUUGACCGAAUUGACCAUGCGGAAUACGGAUCUUCUGAGUGUCCAAGCAUUGCUAGGCAUGUCACUCUUCCUACAAGGAACUCCGAAUCCUCAGCCUUCCUUCUUCUUAGUUGCAGCGGCUAUCAGGCUGUCGCAUAGCAUCGGCCUCCAUAAACGGGGAUCAGGAUUUGGACUAAAUCCAGUUGAAAUUGAGCAGCGAAAGAGGGUGUUUUGGAUCGCUUAUCUUCUUGAUAAAGAUAUCUGCCUCCGUUCUGGCCGCCCCCCUGUGCAGGAUGACGACGAUAUGAAUGUGGAGUUACCCAGCGAAGAUCCGCCAGAUAACAUAGGCAAUGUUCCUCUGUCUGACGGAAAGGGGAAGUUCAACUUGUUCAGAUCAUUAUGCCGGUUCGCAACCAUUGAGAGCCGAGUUUAUAAGCGGCUAUACUCUGCCAAAGCGUCUAAGCAAUCCGAUGGUGAGCUGCUAAAUACUAUUGGAGAGUUGGACAGAGAACUGGAGGAAUGGAAAGACAGCAUUCCUAUUGAUUUCCGACCUGAGCACGAAAUCAAAGCUUCCCACACGCCCCUGAUUCUCCACGUCGUCGUCCUUCAUUUUUCCUACUAUAACUGCUUGACAACGAUUCACCGGAUGUCGGUACACCACGGCUAUUGGACAAGCCGGCUAUCCAACUAUGCAAUUCAAGGUCUCAAUGCCAGGCCGUUAAAUCCUAGAGUCUUUUUAUCUGCCGUUCUCUGCGUCACGGCCGCCAGAGCGUCUAUCAAUUUGAUCAAAUAUAUACCGCACGGUGAUUUCGCUUGUGUCUGGUUAAUUCUGUAUUAUCCCGUUUCAGCGUUGGUCACUCUAUUUGCUAAUAUUCUUCAAAACCCCAACGAUGCUCGAGCACGUUCUGAUGUUAAACUCAUGAAUGUGGUUGUCAAUUUCCUCUCGACGCUCGUCUCUGAUGAAUCCAAUGGAAGCAUUAAGCGUAUGCUUGGCCUCUGUGGCGAGUUUGAGAGAAUAGCUCAAGUCAUUCUUGACAAGGCGGAAAAGGAGUCACAUUCCAAGAAGAAGCGCAAGGCAGCCCCUGAUGAGCCACAGGAUCUGCAGCAACAGACACCUGAUGAGAACUCGGCUCCUUCCCCUUCCACUAAAAGGCCAACAGGUCCACCAACAACUGCACCAUUCCCGUCAUCUUCGUACCCAAUGAAUCUGGGCAACACUGGGCCUGAUAUGUCGAGUUCUGCAAGGGCAUUCGCUCCAGGUCAACCUGUUCUAGCCACUAAUGGUGUCCCCACAUCUAUGCAAGAAAGCAUGCAUACCAUGCCUGGUAUGGGACACGAUUUUCCAGAGAUGCUUAGCCCCAACAACAUGGACGGUAUGGGCUUUGGUGAUCAACAACCAUUUGGCACUCCUACUGAAACCCCUAUGACAUCUUUCCAACAACCCUUUGUCCCACAAGACCUAUGGCAGAUGCCGAUGACGAUCGAAUGGGACUGGGCCGACAUGUCGAGCAACUUCCCGGUCUUUGAGGGGACACCCAACACUGGACCGUGAUUAUGAUGAGAUGAAAAAAUUGACGAACUCUACAACGGGAUGCACUCGAACCCUAACAUUGCAUGGAAUCAAUGGAGUUGGGGAUUGAUUAUUCUUUUUACAUAUGAUUGUAUCUAGUCAUAUAUUUUUUGGGUGGGGUUAACGGCGUUUAAAAAAUGGGGGUUCUCGUUACUCCACUCUUACAACCGCAAGAUCCGCCAGCGCCUGUAGGCCAAGGGCAACGUGAACUACGAGAAGCCGAGGUUCUACAUUACCCCUUCUGUAGUAUAGGUAGCAUUCACAUAAUAGUUAUUUUGUGAUAAGAAAAUAUAAAUACAUGCUCCACAGUUACUGUCGUUACUGGGAAUCUUGUAUGUCUUCUCUGUAGAUAGAAAUUUAGUAUACAUUCGAAUAGUAUGUUUGAAGCGUACCGUGACGUAUAU